AUGGUCGAGGUCGGCUGGGUCGAGGAUAUAGGGGAACUCCGCAAGUUGGACUACGCGGAAAAUACGCAGUCUCGAUUUACUAUUUAUGAAGAAAAACCUCCUGGAUCUUAUGUUGGACAAAUUUCUUUAAAUUAUCCCGACAAUCACCAUAUUCCUUAUCAACGAACAACUUAUUCCCUAAUGGAAAAAGCAGAAUUUUUCCCAUUUUCCAUAGAUAUGAACACUGGAAAAAUUUAUACCAAAACAAAAUUUGAUUAUGAAACUUUUUGUAAAUCAGGAUCAAACCUAUGUGUGAUUAAAUCAUUUGUUUUUGUUGAAUCUACGAAUGUUUCAAAAAUAGUUCCAAUUGAAUUGAUAAUCCAAGAUGUCAACGAAUACUCACCUGAUUUUGGAAUAAAAGAAGUUGAAAAAUCUAUUGUAGAAUGUUCCCCCAUUGGAUCUCGUGUCGUUCUCCCUUUAGCAGUCGAUUUGGAUGGAAGUUCUCAAUACUGUAUUAAUGACUACAAACUUCUCGCAGAUGAAAAUUUUCCUUUUAAAUUAAAAAUAACUCGAAGCCAAAGUCAGAUUUCAAGAAUUUAUCUUGAACUGUUCGAGCCUCUGAAUUUAAAUAAGUUCAAUAAAUAUUUUGGUUAUGUCAUUGCUCAGGAUGGCGGGAACAAAACAGGAAAAUUGAAAAUUAAGAUUUCAAUAUUUGAUUCAACCGAUGAGGAUUCUGACCAACACGCUAAAAUAACAUACAAAAUAUAUAAUGAACUGUUUUACAUUUCGGAAGCUGGCGAUAUUUUUACAACCUCCUUUUUGGACCACGAAACGCAUCCAGAUAUUGAGUUGAUUGUUUAUGCAUACGAUAUGAGUCAUGAUUUCCUAUCUGACUCAGUAAUGGUAAAGAUAAAGGUUUUAGACGUUAAUGAUAAUAAUCCUGUUUUCCCAUAUACCAAAAAUUAUUUUCAUUUAUCGGAAAAUAUGCCAGAUGGUACUUUUGUAGGAAAUGUGGUUGCAUUUGAUGUUGAUUCUUCUUGUGAUAUUUUGAAUUAUUAUAUUGAGCCAGCUGAUGUUCCAUUCAGAAUUGAUUCUCAUAAUGGAUUUAUUUAUUCAACUGAAAUUUUGGAUUCGGAAAAGAUUUCAAAAUAUCAAUUUAAAGUUGUCGCAACCGAUUGUGGACCAAAUAUUUUAAGUGCAAGUACCGAUGUUGUUAUUUUCAUUGACGACGUUGAAGACAAUCCAACAGUUCUUAAAAUUUAUGGAAAUGGAAACAACAUUAUACAUGAAUCAUUUAUUGCUGAUAUUUGCACAGAUAAAACAACAAUUGCGACUGCAAUUCUCGAAGACAAAGAUUUGUCUCAAAAGUUAUAUGCUACAUACACCCUAAGUACGGAUAGUCCCAUGUUCACUAUAAAUAAACACACUGGAAAGAUUAGGAUUGAAAAAAAAUUGAACAAGUACAACAAUUCGAUUUCUAAAAUAACGAUCUUUGCACAUGACCAGGGAAUUUUGUUUGAAAAAUCUUUUAAAGUAAUGAUUAAAAUAAAUGAAACAUGCUAUAAUAUUAACUGUGAGAACGAAACCAAUAAAAAUUUCAUAAAAGCUUAUCCGCAUUUAUAUGGAUGCCUGGGUGUUAUUUUUUGUGGAAUCAUUGUCAUUUUGAUAAUAUACAAUAAACGAAGAAACACAAUGAAAUUACUUCCAAAACAUAAACCACACGAUAAUCGAGAAAUUGCAUCAGAAUUUUCUCCAUUUCGCUGGUCUAAUCCAUCCCCGCUCUCCUACGAUUUUUUGAAAGAAAAUUCUAUAAUUCAAGACGAAUUAAACAGCAAUUAUUCAUUAGUUGACAACAUAAAAUUAAUUUCCCAUGACGAUUCGUGCAAAUUAUGUGAUUUGAUACGGCUGAAUUCAAAUUAUGUUUUUAUCAAUUGUCAUUGUAAUCAUGAAUCGAACUCUAAGCGUUGA